GCCAGACCUCAACACUCCGAACCGCGACAAUGGACAGAGUUUAUGAAAUUCCCGAGGAGCCCAGUGUGGAUCGGGUUUCAUCUCUGGAGGAAGACGUCAUCCGUGGGGCCAACCCCCGCUUUACCUUCCCCUUUGGUAUCCUGUUCUCCACCUUUUUGUACUGCGGGGAGGCUGCAUCCGCCUUGUACAUGGUUAGAACCUAUCGGAAGAGUAACGAAACCUUCUGGAUGACAUACACCCUUUCCUUCUUCAUGUUUUCAUCUAUUAUGGUCCAGCUGACCCUCAUUUUUGUGCACAGAGAUCUGGCCAAAGAUAGACCAUUCUCAUUAUUCAUGCAUCUAAUCCUCUUGGGACCUGUUAUCAGAUGUUCGGAGGCCAUGAUUAAAUACCUCACACUGUGCAAGAAGGAGGGGCAGGAGGAGCCCUAUGUCAGCCUCACCCGAAAGAAGAUGCUAAUAGAUGGCCAGGAGGUGCUGAUAGAAUGGGAGGUGGGCCACUCCAUCCGGACCCUGGCUAUGCACCGCAAUGCCUACAAACGUGUGUCGCAGAUCCAAGCCUUCCUGGGCUCAGUACCCCAGCUGACCUAUCAGCUCUAUGUGACCCUGAUCUCUGCAGAGGUCCCCCUGGGUAGAGCCGUGCUAAUGGUCUUUUCCCUGAUAUCUGUCACCUAUGGGGCUACCCUCUGCAAUAUGUUGGCUAUCCAGAUCAAGUAUGAUGACUACAAGAUUCGCCUUGGACCACUGGAAGUCCUUUGCAUCACCAUCUGGCGGACAUUGGAGAUCACAUCCCGCCUCAUGAUCCUGGUGCUCUUCUCAGCUACUUUGAAACUGAAGGCUUUGCCUUUCUUAGUGCUCAACUUCCUGGUCAUCCUCUUGGAGCCUUGGGUUAAGUUCUGGAGGAGUGGGGCCCAGAUGCCCAAUAACAUUGAGAAAAACUUCAGCCGGGUUGGUACCCUGGUGGUGCUGAUUUCAGUCACUGUCCUCUAUGCUGGCAUCAACUUCUCUUGCUGGUCAGCCUUGCAGUUGAAGUUGGCAGACAGAGAUCUUGUUGACAAAGGUCAGAACUGGGGUCAUAUGGGCCUGCACUAUAGUGUGAGAUUGGUAGAGAAUGUGAUCAUGGUCUUGGUUUUUAAGUUCCUUGGCGUGAAAGUGUUACUGAAUUACUGCCAUUCUUUGCUUGCCGUGCAGCUCAUUAUUGCGUAUGUAAUUUCCAUUGGCUUCAUGCUCCUUUUCUUCCAGUACUUGCAUCCUUUGCGCUCGCUCUUCACCCAUAAUGUUAUAGAUUACCUCCAUUGUGUCUGCUGCCACCGGCAGUCUCAGGACAGGGCUGAGACCUUGGAGCCACCUGUUGAGGCUGAAGCAAGGCAAAGCAUUGUCUGAUUCCAUCUUCUGAAUAUUUUAAGGAUGGGCUAGGAGUUACCAACAGCAACUGUGAAAUUUAAGGAAAGGAUGAGGCUCAUGGGUGAGUACCCACCAAGACAUUUUCUAGAGUUUUCUGCUAAACCUGUAAGAAGAAGAAGUGGCUCCCAAAGAGGUUUUAUUUUAUUUCUUUCAGAUUUACUGCUAUGUUUGGACCCCAGGGGUAUCCACUACUUACUUGGAAGCAUCAGAAAUACCAUUGACAUUCCUCCUACCCAGGUCAAUUCAGAUAACAUACUUCUAAGCAUCUUGGGCUCUCUCUGACUUUCUAGCCCUGCUCAUUGGCUUGAGGCAUUACUGAGCUUUCCUGGACUGAGCCGAAGGCCCAGAAUCCCAACAGAACUGAUCAUAAUUGAUCAGAGGAUGUGAUGGCUUACUGGCUGUGGGUACAUCCCAGGAAACAGUCUGACUAAUGUGAAACCUGCAUCUGUGAGUGUCGCUGGGGUCUUCAUUCAAGUGAGAAACCCCCAUUAUUAAAAGAGUUGCUCCCCCAGUGAGUUAGUAUUCCAUUAGGAUUUUGUUGUGGUCAUUCCACAAGGACCUCUCUUUUCAGUGGCCCUUGGUAAGCAUGCUCUGAAGUGGGAGUACAUAGUAGGAUUCUUUCAGGGCAUAAGACAGAAUGACUCCUUUUGCCCUCAGGGACUUGCAUAGACCUCCAGUUUGUCCAGUGGAAUGGCUGAGUGAAAUCUCCCACUUAGUGCCUCAUUAAUAAGGAGUCCCACCAACCAAGCCUUGCUGUGCUCCUGGCAUUACAGUACUUGAUGUAGACCUCAGAGAAGCUGGACUGCAGUUGAAAAUGUUUCUGAUGAGUGGAAAUGAAGACUUCUUUGUGUUGGCUUGAUUAUUUUGUUGAUUUCUUUUUAGGGGAGAGAGAAAAUAAUGGCUGGGACAUCACUUUCAUGCUAUUUGGGACAGAGGAGGGAAACCAGAUCACAUUAAGUCAUCAUCAGUACUGGUUUAGCCCA